GUCCCAGGGGCCGCACCUGCUGGCGCCCACCGGCUCCGAUCUGGACUGCAAUGGCCGCCUGGGGGCCGUGCUGGCGGGCUACCACUACGACCUGAACCUCCUCACGGUGCACGGCCGCAGCCGCUUCCCCGGCCUCUUCGUGUGGCUGCGCGACGGGCGCCGAGUGGCCGUACGCAUCCCCGCCGGCUGCCUGCUCAUGCAGGCGGGCAAGCAGCUGGAGUGGCUGACGGGCGGACACAUCAUGGCGGGCAUGCAUGAGGUUGUGGUGACUGAGGCGACGCUGGCCGCUGUGGAGGCCGCCCGCGCCGCCGGCCGCAGCACCUGGCGCAUCUCCUCCACCGUCUUCACGCACUGUGCCUCGGACGUCACGCUGCAGCCGCUGGGGCCCUAUGCGGCGCGGGAGGGCGCCCGGGAGGCGUACCCACCCGUGAAGGCGGGGGAGCAGGUGCAACGCGAGCUCGAGGCCAUCUGCCUGCGCAAGGCCACGGCGAGCUGCAACGCCUCCGCCGCCGCUGCCCCCGCCGCGGCUAGCAAGCUUGAGUCCAGCAGCGGCCUGGGGGCCAGCAACGUCACCAGCAGCAUCAACAGCGGCAACAACAGCAGCAGCGCUACAGGGGUGGCGAUUGGGUCCAGGUAGAUACAGUUGGAUGGCAGGAUGGAUGCGUGAUGGUGGGGGUGGAUGUUUACCUUUCCGUAGGUUGCACGGCUGCAGACAGGCGGGCAUUACCAAUCUUCUGGGGCUGAGUCUGCAAAGCAGGUGUGUCGGCGUUACUCGGUAACUGAGGCGCUGGGGUGUGGCCUUGCUGCGUGUUUGUCGCGCUACUGUACACACACGUCCGGUCAAAAGAGCAACAUGGAGUAGAGGUUCGCAUGCUGGGCCUUGCAGGUUGCCCUCCACCAUUACUGUGCUGCAUGCAUGUCUGGGUGCGCAGUACAGCGAGGGAAGAGCUGUUUGCAAGUGGUACUCGGUCCGCUUGUUCAGUACUUGCCACCCAACUGUACACUGUACCAUUGAGGAGGAAAUGGACAUGUCCUUACGUGAGAAUCAUAUCCGUGACUCGUGAAUUGUCAACACUGUAUUUGGAGGAAUGGAAUGUGUAUAACAUCUGCAUGAUGCUGCAGCCAUGUCGACCUGAAGUCCUUCUAUGCCCUCAUCUGAUCUAAGUUCCAUAGACAGCGAUGAACUUCACAUGUGUGGCAACACUCGGAGUCUGAGCGUACAGUCGACACUCUUGGGUCCUAUGGCUCAGGACCCGUGCCCUACUGCACACGGCAAUGCAUGCAUGCGAACAACCGCCCUUCCCAUUGGCAUUCGCAGCAAACGGUAUCAACGUAUCAACCAAAGCCAUCGGUGCAGGCCCAAUGCUUUUCAUGACAGUCUCCGCUGCAUAUCCAAGCCCAACUGGCCCUGCAGUGCUAAGUGUCAGGCUGCCUGCCAAGUCAUCCGUCUUAGAAAGUCCUCUAUGUGACAAAGGUGAAUACUUUGCCUACCCCUGCUUCAAUCCUAUGUGCGGUUGAAGCCACAGGACAUCCACCAUUUCCCACCGCGUCGCUAGGCCCUCUCGCAGGCGCCUUGAACCUUGGGGUC